AUGACUUCGGACACACUAACAGCUCCGUCGCGCCUGCUCGAGCGCCCACUCAGCGAGCCCAUCGACAGCUUGGACGAAAUCGCCCUCCAAAUACCCAGUUCUAAAUUAAAAGAAAUGAAAAAUGAGGUUAGGGAGUUGAAGAAUUAUAUAGGUUCCUUGGGUGAUCAAUACGAAGACGUAAUGAAGGAAAAUAGUGAAACUAAAGCAUUGAUGAAGGAACUACGCAAAGAUAAUGACUAUCUAAAGACAUCAUUCGAAGAUAUAUCUCAGCGUUUGAACAAAAUGAAACAAAAAUUUAAUGAAGUAGAAUGUAAUGAAAUUGAUAAUGACAAUGAUGAUGAAGAUGUUUAUAAUAAUAACGAUGACGAAGAUCACGAUGAUAAUGAUGACGGACAUCAUGAUGAUAAUUAUAACGAUGAUCAUGAUGAUAGCGAUAGUGAUCAUGACGAUACUGAUGAUAAUAUGGGAAAACAAUAA